AUGCCUGCACUAAUAGCUGACAAAGAAGAUGUAUAUCAGAAAUAUUUUACAGAAAAGAUAUUACCACAACUAUAUAAUAUUAGACCUGUCAAAGCUGUUGAUUCUUAUAUGACAAAGUAUCUUGAGGGAAAGGCCCCAGAUAUUUUCACUUAUUCCAAAGAUUUCGUAACUGACAGUGCCGUAAAAGACAUGAGUAUAGAGUCAGCUGAUGAUAUGAAAAAGAAGGUGUUACCUGCUCUUGAAGCAUCAGAAGUUUUCUUGUCCUACUUUUGCGAACCGUUCCAGUUUGGUUUGUUAGAUUGGUAG